GUUCAUCUUAUUACAACAAAUAGCCCCAGUAUACUAAAAAAAUCUUAACCACAACCGUUAACUGAAUUGACGACUCGUCUUUGAGAUAUUCGCAAAGUAAUUUUAAAAGGAGCUUAAGGUUUGGCAAACAGAAAAGGCUCUAAAACAAACGAGCCUUUCGUCACGUAUUCAUUCUGACUAUAAAAAUCAUCCAUUAGGAGUUUUCUUCUACUGCUCAAGAAUAGGAGCUCAAUUGCUUUUUUCUUUUUCUUUAAGGGUGAUUGAUUUUCCUCAUAGGGAUUCUAAUCUGAUAAUCACUUCCUAUGCAAUAACCCUUCGUCUCAUGGCCAGUUAGAAGGUAAAAAAAAAAGAGAUUUUGUUAUUAUUGUUCUUAUUUUCGCCAGACAGAAGAAGGUUCUGGUCUGAAGAGAAUCCAACUCAAAUCCCUUUCCUAAAAUUUCUCUUGUUUCACUGUUAUAAUAUACCUUACUUUUGACAUUCCAGUUAUCCCCAAUCCAUUCGUUACGCUUUUUACGACUACCUUUUUUUUUUUUUUUUUUUUAAGCUUUUGGUCUUUGUCUUUUCAACUGAUCAUAUCUUCGUCCUUCACCAUUCCCAUAGUCCAUGGGCAGUCAGCAAUCACUACUCCAAUUAAAGAAUGCUUCCUUACGAUUAACUGAGGAUAAGAACAUCCCCAGGACGGAUAAUAUAUGGGAAAGCUUUUGGUCCUUACCGGAAAGCUUGGAAGAGGUGCUAGAACAAAUUUCUGUUGUUGAUGUUCGAAAUGCGCUAAGUAAAGCACCGGAAAACAUACAUAUGCUGGUUGAUAUACUAUUCAAGAAGCUGGUUUCUUUGCAGACGGAUAGUGAUUUUUCUAUACAUUCUAAUGACCUUGCGACAAAACAUGUCCUGAAUAGCAUGCGUGUAUUGACCAGAUUAAUACCCCUUUUGUUUGAGUCUCCAGAAUGCGCUUCUUGGUUUAACAAGUACAUGUGGUUACCGCAGGAAAGCGGGAUACCCCGAGGUGUUAAUAUUAUGGACACUAUCAUAAACUAUCUAUUUCUGACUAAUUUUACAAUCCCUCCCAUUGACGAAUUCACAAAAGGAGUUAGAUACUGUAUUUGGGAAACUGGUAUUGCAUGCCAGUCUCCCUUGAAUAAAGAAGUAAACUUUAUGGCGAAUUCUGUCGAGGUUCUUCGUCUUUUGUUAGCGCUCUUUUCCGAAAGUCUAUAUGUAAAUGAUGACAGAUCUAGUCUUUGCUGUUUUUACAUUGCAGCCCAUCCAAACAGACGGUUAACAUUAUGUUUGAUAUGUUCUUUACUAAACACAACAAUGCGUUUCAACACAUUAUGUUGGAAACCCGAGUUUGUUCCAUCCAAUCAAUUUUCCCUACACAUGUCGUUAAUUGAAAACUCUCUAUCUACAUUGCUUGUGAUUCUCUCUGAAUGUAGAUUUCAGUCGUUACCUGACUUUAAUAGCUAUUUUCGAGGAAAUAAUGUGAAGCCUUUCAACCAAUUUUCUUCGUUGUUGUCAAGCUUGCACUCCAUGUCAGAUUUCCAAGUUAUUAUAGACGGAAUAAGUCGAUUACUAUAUCCUCCAAUGCAAUCUGACAUUCCAAAAAAGGAAUCUUUGGUUAUGUAUGAUUAUUACCCAAUGGUAUUAUCACUGUGUAUGUUAAUAGUUCAGUAUAACAAAAAUUUCUGUUUGUUUCUGAUAGAAACUGAUUGUGCCACUGAUUUAUUUAUUUUCUUAGUUUAUUUGAGCUUCGAGUACGUUGAAAAUCCCGGUACAAUCAAUCAUCUGAGAUUGUGUGCGAUGUUAUUUAAACUGUUAUUAAGUGAGCCCGUCUUUUGUCAUAAGCUGAAUAGAAGAUUUCAGCAACAUGCAGGUUUACCUACAAAUAUGAGAGUUCCUUUCCACGAUGGUUCAUUUGCUGAUUUUACUGUUAUUGCAUUUUCAAUAUUGCUGCAGUCAAUGAGAGAUUGCCAGUGGGAUGUGAUGGAGAUUUUAUCAGCGUCUCUUUGUCAUCUUUCCCUUUAUAUAAAAGAGAUAAAUCAUAGCGCUAGCAAGUUACUUUUAAACGUUUUUCAGGGAGCCUCUCAACCUGGAUUUCUCGUUGCAAACGAAAAUAAUUACAUUAUUCUUUGCAAUAUAGUUGGUACUAUCAGCAACAUGCUACAAAUUCAUUUUUCUGUGAAUCCGUUCCUUACAUAUACCCUUGUCAUCUAUUCUCACUAUGUGGAAACGCUUAACUUGUACGCAUUUGGGGAUAUAAUGAGAGUGAGACAGUCAAGUCCCAACCUUGAAUCGUUGUAUUGGAGUUGUAAUGGUAAAACCUAUUCCAGUAGAGCGUUUGAUGCUAUACUAUUUGCAGCUUUUCGUGUUAUCAAAGUUCAAAAAGAACUUUACAAACCCGACUUUGCUGAGAAGGUAGCUGGUGUUAAAUUCCCUUCCGCUGUAUCUGAUUCAAAAUUGAAAGACGAAAAAGAUCAACUACGAAAAAACAUUAAACCUGGAAUUACGGGUGUGAAUAUUAUGGAUAGUCCCGCCAGAUUACGGCCAAAGCUGCAUCAAAAAUUGGCUGAGGAUCUAGACUCCUUAAAGUCCCAAGAAGCAAAAUCUGAUAAUAAGAAGCCGAAAAGGAAUGUGUUGGCUCAUGCGGUCGACUAUAGCUUUAAGCCUACGCAACGAUGGUGGGAUAGUUGGUCGUCAAAGAUGAAUCUUCAACCGCUGCUUAAUGUGGUUAAGACCUUACGUCCAACACUCUCUGAAAUGAAGCAACGCGACUGUUCCACAAUUGAAAUAUUAUCUACAUUAAGGAAUCAAAAGUUUUAUCGAACAACAAAACCCAUCGUUCCCAUGUAUCACGAUACGAUAUGGGAGAAAAGACAAUGUGAGUCUACUCAAGCCUUUGCGUGGAAUCUGAUAUACGAUUUGGAUAGCCCGGAACGACAAGGGCAAGGUAUAUGGACGAAGACGAAUGUGAACGCUAUGGCAUCAACCGCAACAAAAGUGACUUAAUGUUAUUUCUCAUAUCUGGUUUUACCGCUUGGGGAAUUUACUCUAUGGUAUAAUACUAUUCUUUAUUGACUAUGUAACAAAACAAAAAAUUAUAUUUACUUAUUCUUUGUUAAACUUUGCAUAAUUCAUUCA